CCACCCUUUUCUGCCCAACAACUUUCCUGUCGACAACGACACACCACACCACACACCGAAACUCCUCAAGACCAGCCACUGCUCCGCUCGAUCUAUAGCAUCGUCCGGACUUUGCAACUUGUUCUCUUCUUCCUGACCUUAUCUUGACACCCCUUUUUACUACCUUUUCUACUACGUAAUCGUUCACAAUGGAGGAAGAAGUUGCAGCUCUCGUUAUCGACAAUGGUUCGGGUAUGUGCAAGGCCGGUUUCGCCGGUGACGAUGCUCCUCGAGCUGUCUUCCCUUCCAUCGUCGGUCGUCCUCGCCACCAUGGUAUCAUGAUUGGUAUGGGUCAGAAGGACUCGUAUGUUGGUGAUGAGGCUCAGUCCAAGCGUGGUAUCCUGACUCUGCGGUACCCCAUUGAGCACGGUGUCGUCACCAACUGGGACGACAUGGAGAAGAUCUGGCACCACACCUUCUACAAUGAGCUGCGUGUUGCCCCUGAGGAGCACCCCGUCCUGCUCACUGAGGCUCCCAUCAACCCCAAGUCCAACCGUGAGAAGAUGACCCAGAUCGUCUUCGAGACGUUCAACGCCCCCGCCUUCUACGUCUCCAUCCAGGCCGUGCUGUCUCUGUACGCCUCCGGUCGUACCACUGGUAUCGUCCUCGACUCCGGUGAUGGUGUUACCCACGUGGUCCCUAUCUACGAGGGUUUCGCCCUGCCCCACGCCAUUGCGCGUGUCGACAUGGCUGGUCGUGACUUGACCGACUACCUGAUGAAGAUCCUGGCCGAGCGUGGCUACUCCUUCUCUACCACCGCUGAGCGUGAAAUCGUUCGCGACAUCAAGGAGAAGCUCUGCUACGUCGCCCUCGACUUCGAGCAGGAGAUUCAGACCGCCGCUCAGUCCUCCUCCCUGGAGAAGUCCUACGAGUUGCCUGACGGUCAGGUUAUCACCAUCGGCAACGAGCGCUUCCGUGCCCCUGAGGCUCUGUUCCAGCCCUCUGUCCUGGGUCUGGAGAGCGGCGGUAUCCACGUCACCACCUUUAACUCCAUCAUGAAGUGCGAUGUCGAUGUCCGUAAGGAUCUGUACGGCAACAUUGUCAUGUCUGGUGGUACCACCAUGUACCCUGGUCUGUCCGACCGUAUGCAGAAGGAGAUCACUGCUCUUGCGCCUUCCUCCAUGAAGGUCAAGAUCAUUGCUCCCCCUGAGCGCAAGUACUCCGUCUGGAUCGGUGGAUCUAUCCUGGCCUCCCUGUCUACCUUCCAGCAGAUGUGGAUCUCCAAGCAGGAGUACGACGAGAGCGGUCCUUCCAUCGUCCACCGCAAGUGCUUCUAAGCAAAAUCACACGAGCGAGGAAGAGUCGCCGAUCUUCCAAGAGCCCGAGGAUGCCUCGACCAGACCAGCCUCGUUGCAGAGUCCCCAAGAUGUGCGGCCUCCCCUGUCGAGUCUCCCAUUUACGAAAAGUCUUGGUCAUUAUUGGUGCCCUAGGUCUCGCGGCGCCGGGCUUAUGCGGCCUCUUUGUUUCUUGAUUGGUUGUGCAUAGAGAGGGCGGAUGGUGCUGGUACAAUCGGGGCUGAUGGAGAAAGAAAAGAAGAAAAAAAGCCUAUUUGUUUUCCUGCGCUGCGUGGAUGAGAUGGUCCUUCUUCGGGGUCUUACGAGCAGAGACAGAUUUGUUUUAGAGAAAUGCGAGGAAGAAUUAUCCAUCCGCGAGGAUCCUCG